AUGUCUGAUCAAAGGACGGUUAUUGGUUUCUUCAUACUUUUUCUCACUGUUUAUUUUUUGGAAUCAAUUGGUGGUUUCUUUAUGGCAAGUGUAGUGGUAUCAAUUGAAAAACAAUUUCAAAUAUCAAGUCGUAUGUCUGGUUUAAUGGUUUCUGCCGGUGAUUUUGGUUAUAUACCAUCGGUGGUUUUCGUUAGCUAUUUUGGUAGCAAGGGAAAUCGAGCUAGAUGGAUUGGUGCUGGUAGUUUAAUGAUUGCAUUUGCUAAUAUUCUCAUUAGCAUGUCUAAUUUUCUUUUUCCAAUGCAAAAUACUCAACUUAAUUCAAAAUUUAUUGAAACAAAAUUAAUAUCUGAACAAAGUAAUCGAAUUGAUGAGAUACAAGCAAGCACAUUUUUAAAUCAUGCAAAAACUUUUUCAAAUGUUGAAUUAAUUCCGUUAGAUGAAGCUUUGAAAACGUAUGCGUUAAAUACUACGUUACGUCAAUUUGCUAAUGAAAAACUUUCAUUAUGUUUUCAUCAAAAUAAUUCCAAUCAAUUAUGUGCUAUAUUUUUUAAUUUCUUGGAGCAAUUAAAUCAGCCUAAUAUGACGGAAAUUUCGAAUCUACGCAUUUUGACUGCUUCACCAUUUUCAUUUUGCAAUACAAUGUUCAAUGCACUUAGACGAGAAAUUAAUAAAUUUAAUUGUUCAAAUGGAUUAUCAAAUAUUGGACCAUUUAUUAUGAUAUUUGCUGGCUUACUUAUCCUUGGCGUUGGCCGAACAAUGCCUUAUUCACUUGGCCUUCCAUUAAUUGAUGAUAAUGUGAAACGACAAAACUUGCCACUUUAUUUUGCUGGGAUGUUUUUUAUUCGUAUUCUUGGCCCAUUUCUUGGCUUUUUAAUUGGUAGUGUUGUUAAUAAUUACUAUUACAGUUUUAAUGUGCCAGCUGGGCUAACAUCGCGUGAUCCAUCAUGGAUUGGUCGUUGGUGGGCUGGUUUUCUUGGUAUUGGUAUUACGAUGCUUUUUCCAUCGUUAGCUUUGUACCUCUAUCCAACCUGUGUCAAUUAUAAAUCUAAUAAUUUCAAUGACAAAUGCUACAAUGACGCAAAGAAUAAUUUGGACAAUAAUGGACCCUCAGAAAUUCACUCAUUAGUCAAUGAAAGACUUACCGUAGAAGAAAAGACGCGCGAUAAAGGUUUGGCGCUAAUUGACCGAUAUGCUACAAGAAAUGAAGAAGGUAAUACCAUUGUGCCAACAUCUGCAAAAGCAAAAUUAAUUGAUUUUAUUUCAACUGUAAAAACAAUAAUGAAAUCACCGAUUUAUGUAUUUUCAAUGAUUGGUCGCAUAAUGGAUGUUUUUGCAUUUAAAGGAUUUUUCAUCUUUCUUCCAAAAUAUUUAGCAAUACAAUUUGGUUUGCCACAACAUAAAAUUAAUCUUUUUUUAGGAUUAGCAAGUUUACCAGGAUUAGCAAUUGGCUUAUUUAUUGGUGGUUUAAUUAUGCGAAAAUUUAAAUUACAAGGUAGAAAAGCAGCAAUAUAUAUUCUUCUUUGCUCAUUAAUUGCUGCUAUGUUUUCACUUCAAAAUGCAAUGAUUGGUUGUAAAUCAGUGCUUAGUUUAAUUGGUAAUAAAGCUAGAUUAAUUAAUCAUAAUUUCACGACAACAUGUAAUAAUGAUUGUAAUUGCAUUGAUAUGCCAUUGUAUCCAGUUUGUAAUCAACAAGGUGAAGCAUUUUACUCACCUUGUCACGCUGGUUGUCACCUAGAUCAAAGUUUUGCUCAUCCAUCAGUUCAUAAAAUUUUCAAAAAUUGUAGCUGUUCGAAUAGCGUAAACAAUGACGUGUCACGUGACUUUUGUGAUCAAAAAAUUUGUGAGCAAAAAUUUAUUUGGUAUUUUAUAAAUUUAGCAUUUUCGGGUAUCUUUGGUGGAAUGAGUAUUAUUCCAUCAGUGCUAAUUGUUCUUAGAUCGGUGCCACCAGUGGAUCGAAGUAUUUCUCUUGGCUUUCAAGGAUUUUUAGUCAGCUUAAUUGCAACACUACCAUCAUCAAUUUUUUGGGGUUGGAUUGUUGACAAAGCUUGCAUCAUGUGGAAUAGCAUUUGUGGACAACAAUUUCGAGGUGCUUGUGAAUUAUAUGACAGUAAUAAAUUACGUCUGAUGACUCAUUUAACUUAUGGCUUAAUGAGAUUGGUAUCAUCAAUACCAGAUAUUGCUGUAUGCUAUUAUGCAAAAAAUCUUUUACUAAUCGAUCAUGGAUUAAAUGAAGUCAUUUAA